UGGCCGGCCGUACGGAAGUGGUUGUUGUUUCGGUGGCUACAUACAAUAGCAUGUGAGAAAUGAGGGCUGCUACGUAUUUAAAAUUCAGUUAACGUUAGCUGUCUUAAAAGCGUUUUUUAUUUCAUUAACAAUAUUUGAUGUUUCAUUAUUAUUAUUAUUAUUAUUUUUAUAUUGCCUGAACUAAACGAAGGAUAGCUAGCUAGCUUGUUAGCUAGCUUUAUUAAUGUCAGCAGCCAUGCCGUCCUACUCUGAAUUGAGGAAAACCAACCACUUCUACUACUUCAUCAAAUUUACCUUGAAUAUCUACUCAAUGCUCUUCUCGCUAAUGGGUCUUUGUGUGCUGUGCGUGGGGGUGUAUGCCGAAGUGGAGAGGCAGAAGAAUCGAACCCUGGAGGGCCUUUUCCUGGCCCCUGCCGUGGUGCUGAUACUGCUGGGCCUGGUGAUGUUUACCGUGUCUGUGGUGGGCAUGGUUGGAUCCCUCCGGGACAACAAGACCCUGCUGCACAUGUUCCUCUGUGUUCUCUGCGUGUUGCUGCUUCUCCAGGCAAUCGGGCUCACCUUGGCUCUCAUCUUUGAGAGCAAGACGUCUGCCUUGUUCCAGAGCAGUAUACGAGAAGGAAUUAAACACUACUACGAUGAUCUGGAUUUCAAAAACAUCUUGGACUAUAUGCAACAAAAGGUAGGGGAGGUUAUGAACACUCUGUGUGGCUACAGGACUCUGGAUAAAGAGCGUGCGACCCUGCAUGAGCUGAUCCAUGUGCGAGGCUGCAUCCAUGCGGUCAACCUCUGGAUGAGUGACAACAUUGGAAUAACCACUGCACUCUGCUGCGCCAUCGGGCUGCCCCAGCUGCUGGGUAUCGUCCUGAGCUGCAUCUUCUGGAACCUGCUGGUGGACAUGAGCGAGUCGGCCGACAUGGUGGACUUCAAGCUGAAGAAGGCAGAGGUUGAGUACAGCGAGCUGGACCUGGCGGGCGCCGGCUGGUGUAUGUGUCUUCCAAGGGACGGCGGCUACCUGCCCGUCCCCGCCGCCGAGCCUGACCUCGACCCCAUCGAUGUUCACCUGCUGAAGCUCAAGAAGCGGGCGCCUCGCACACACGCUCAGCUCCGAGAACUGCAGCAGUCCAGAUCGGCCACUGGGCUGGACGAGGUAGACGCUAGCCGGAAGCAGAAAACGCCCUUUCAUGCCUUUUGAGUUUUUGCCUCUUUUUAUUUUAUUUCAUUAUUUUUUUUUAUUUUUUUUAUUCAUUGUAAUCAUUACAUCUGUUGGAGUUGUGUUGCACUACGUAAUGGUCAGCCAUUGGAUCAAGAAAGAUUUGGUCAGCUAAAGGGAUCAGAAGUACUUUGGCACUUUGUUAUGAAUUUGUUUACAACAAUUGAAGGAACAACAUGCAACAUAGGCUUUAAAAAACACUUUUCUUUUGUCGUGUUUGUGGUGGUUGUUAUUCAAAGAUUUAUGGCAUUAUAUGACAUUUGUAUUUAAUUUUUUUAGCCUUUGAAACUGAGCUAUGUCUCAUGUGCUAAAGCUUACCUCAGGCUGUUUUGAAAAUAGCCCAGUAGUCAGAGGACAGUACUAUUCGGUGUGUAAAUUAAUGGUAGCUUGAAAAGACGUUUUUCAGUGUCUGAGAAAUAGAAAUAGCAAAGUAUGUCUUGCGUCUGUGACGGAUGUAUACAGUUUGUGUAUUAUUUCCUUUUUUUUUUUUAUCAUGAUUUGAAUUUUAUUUUGUGCAAUCGGUGUACAUUGUAAGACUGGUAGUUGUGGAAUAACAUGGAAUGCAUGUUUUGUACUGUAUAUAAAGUAAGUUUAAAAAAGAAAAGAAAAAAGGAAGUGUUGUUAGGCUCUCAUCAGGGGGGGGGCUUUCAGUCUAUUCCAUUUUAAAAUAAACUUUUUAUUCAGUCUUUUAAUGGAACACCUAAAGGGAUUAUCCAGACUACAAAUCCAGUAAAAACCUACUCUAUGACGUUUUUUUGUAUCUGAGUUAUGCACAGUUUUGAGCUUCCCCCUAGCUCCUGCCUUGUAUCAGCACAGCUGUUGUCAAUAAAGCUGAAUUUGUCUACUGA